GCAAACCGCGUGGGGAGAGGGGAAAAAAAAGGGGUCGAUGUCACGUGAUCCGCGGUGCCUACCCGGAAAUUAAAACCUGCGCUAAAGAAAUCGGCCACGUGGUUUUCGACAUGGUUGCUCCUUCCGGGAAGAUCAACCGGCCGCGGACGGAGCUGCAGAAAAAACUGUUCAAAAGGCGACGUGUCCUGAGCAAGGAGAAGAGAAAAAAACACCGGAUUGUGGGAGCUGUGGUGGAUGAAGAUCUUAUCACCGUUCACCACCUGAAAAAGCGAUCAUCUAGUUCACGGGCAAACAUUACUCUCUCCGGGAAGAAGAAAAGAAAAUUGCUUAAACAACUGCGUCAUGCCACUAAGGAAAAAGCAGAAAUGCAGGUUGAUGUUUCUUCAGCUCAGGGUGGAAAAAGGAAGAAGAAGAAGAAAAACAAGAUAAGUCCAUUAGACUGUCCAGAUGUUGAGAUGGUGGAACCUGACGUGACACCUGGAUUGGAAAGCUGAACCUGGCUUCUGAAAUCUUGAAACCAUGUUUCUUUUCUCUUUUCCAACCUACCAAUGACAGCAUUCCCAGUGGGGGGGGGCUGGGGGCGGGAGGAGAAAAAGACAGGUUACCAAAAACUAGAAAAAUCAGCUUUUGAACUAGUUUAGCUCCAUAAAAUUUGUUUACUUUUAAAAGGAAUUUAAACCCAUCGGACCACAGUUAGACAGGUGUGUCUAUUUCCUUUUCUCUUUGGCAAGCAACUCCCAAUUCCUGAAUUUGAGGAGUUACAAAAUAAUUUAAAGUUGGCCUAGUCUGAAGUUGUACCUUGAUAAGAGACAAGCUUUAUAUGUAGAGUGUGGAGUAGUGUAAGAAUUUCAGCGGCCAUGCCAGAUUAUGCCAGAAAUACUGCGCAUGUGUAUAAUUAAUCUGCAUAUAUGUGAGACGCCAACAUUUUUCAGUGCUGGCGACCAAUUUAAGUUGAAAGGGAAGUACACAGGCAGAGAUUUCUGCUCUCACUUGUUCAAAUGGUCUGUGUUCUGAUCCUUAUAAUAAACUGACAAAAAAAUUA